UUAAGUUUCCAACCAACUCCUUUUAUUUGCAGCGAAACAUUCAUCAAAAAUUCAUUAGUCUCCCAACUUCAAAAAAAAUUAAAAAUUUCUAACAGAAUUCAUUACCAAAAAAAAAAAAAAAAAGAAGCUGCUUAAGGAUCAAAAUCUGAACACUCUUGAGUGUUUUAAUCACCCUCAUUCCUGAAGAACAUGGACAAUAAAGACAACAAUAAUGAUUCCACUGAUAAAGGUCUGUUUUCAGGUCUAAUGGGAUAUGCUGCAGGACAAUAUCACCAUGGUCAUCAUGGCCAUGGUGCAUACCCUCAUCAUGGAUAUCCACCUCAUGGAUAUCCGCCUAAUGGAUACCCUCCACAAAGCUAUCCACCACCAUACCCGCCUCCUGGUGGAUAUCCACCUUCUGCAUACCCUCCCCCUGGAGGGUACCCUCCCUCUGCAUACCCACCCCCUGGAGGAUACCCUCCUCCAGGUGCUUAUCCUUACCCUUCCUCUUCCCAUCACUCAGGUUUCAGACCAAAUAUGGGAAUGUUAGCCGGAGGAGCAGCUGCAGCAGCAGCUCUAUAUGGGGCCCACCAUCUUUCACAUGGACACCAUCAUUAUGGUAUGUUUGGUCAUCAUGGGAAGUUCAAGCAUGGCAAGUUCGGAAAGCGUUGGAAGCAUGGAGGCGUGUUUGGGCGACACAAGUUUAAGAAAUGGAAGUGAAUACCUCAUCUUGUUUGUUUGCUACCAUCUUGGAAACUCUUGGAUCAAUCUAAUAAUACUGUAUUUUAGAAGAGUGAUUGUGCUUAUAUUCAUAUUCCAUAUUUCGUAUUAACUCCGUUUUGAAAUACUAGCAAUAGAUUGUGAUGUAUUGUGUGGAAAAAUAUCACUAUUAGUUACAACUAUUAUGAAACGGAGGUAUAUACUUAUUUCUGGUGUGAGAAAAUUGGGUCAUUUAGCACUAAUAAGCACCCUUGUAUGUAUUUAAAAUCAUAGCUACAAUACAUCUUAUUACUAUUUUGUGUGUGCU